CCUUGAUCACAGAGGGUCGGACCGAUGAAUGGAUCGGAUUUAGGCCCCGCUUUUCUCGGCCGAUGACUUCGUCUAGGACAUCAAAGCCGGUCACACUUGGCUGUUUGGCUCUCGAAUCACGGUGAAUAAGUUCGAUCUCCUAGAGCUCUGUCUCAUACUUAGUUAGUAAGAUCCCAUCGAAUGUGCCCCGACUCACAUUAAAUGCCAGCCUCGAACAGCCUCGCUGAUAUCGGGCCGCCCCAGUUAAUCGGCUGGAUUACGAGGUCGGAUAUAAUGACAUAAAACCACAUUCCUAUCGGCCGAUGAAUUCCCACGCCAUCCUCUCCCUCUAGAUUUACAGACCAUGACGGAGGAUGGUGCUUCAUCUCGUAGUCGGCCAAUCAGGUCGUGUCAGAGAUGCCGCAACUUCAAAGUCCGCUGCAGUAGGGCCAGACCGCGAUGUAAGAGGUGCAUCGUCGCCGAUGUCGACUGCGUGUACGCUUUUGGGGGCACGCCUUUUACCGGCAUAUCCCCCAGAAGCGAGUCCUCAGUCGAAUUGGUCGUUUCGGAGGCUCAACCUGGGAACCCACGACAUUCUGCGAAGAAGAGGCGGUUGGGUGACAAUGACCGCGCCCAGGUUCCCUUCCAGGCCACAUUUAUGCUUCAACAGCGAUCGCGUCCGGAGAGGAAAAGCCCUGAUGGAAUGCGGCCCAAUUCAGUCGCCAAACGAGAACGUGCUAUUCUCUCCUGUCUUCGAUGCAGGAAGCUCAAGGUACGGUGUGACCGAGGCGUACCAUGCACUCGCUGCGCAAACAACCACAGAAAAUUGGAGUGUGUCUAUUCCGAUUUAAGUAUCUCGGGGUUCUCCAACACCCAUCCGGUCCAUCUCAACAAUUCGAACGCACUUGGCGGUGUCGCCACAUACUUUGUUGACAACUACUGGGAUCAACGGUUCCAUAAUGGCACACACUGGAAGAAUUUACUCCACGAGAUCGAGGAGCUUCUGCACAGAACUCCCGGGGAGCACACAGGAGAUUUGUCGAACGGCGACCCGCAUCCCCAUAGUUCGGCAGGGGCUCCCGUUGUGCUCUCGAUCAACUAUCCCUUCAGCGACCAUGACAACUCUCACCAAUCCAUCACGCUUCUUCUAAAUAACCUACCACCGCGGUCUACUCUGGAAGCAUUUAUAGCCCAUUACAUGGACACGAUCGAGAAGACGUACCACCUCCUAGACACUGAUGCGUUCGAGACAGAGGUGCGAGAUUUCUGGAGCUGGAAACGAGGAUCCGCCAAGCCUCGACCCGACGACGGUUGGCUAGCCCAGUACUUCAUGAUCAUCUCUCUAGGAUGCCAGGCCCAUGAAUUCAUUGCCCAGGCAACUAAAUCGAACGGAUACUCAGACUUGCCAAACCGUCUCUUAACAGGGGCAGAGAUGUGUCUCCGACGCACCCCGUUCUUAUUCCAACCGACACUGACAAACAUCAGGACGCUCUGCUUGAUGGUAAUCUCUAAGCAGGUCUACACCAUGUCCUGUCACCAGUCGGAUACGUGCUGGCCGCUUACUGGGAUGAUCAUUAGACUGGCCAUGGGCAUAGGGUUGCACACCGACCGCCUUCCUAUUGUGGAAUUGUGGUCCUGCCAUGAGCGAAGAAUGCGUCGACGGCUCUGGGCAUCAGUUGUGUUUCUGGAGAUGCGUCAAUCGCUCAUCUGUGGCAUGCCUCUCCUGUUGCGUCCCUGCGACGUUGCCUGUCUAUCGAAAGGCACUCCCUCGCCCUCAUUCAACAACACCACCCCUUCCUCGGCAAUAGAGAACCAUAGCUGGACAUCGUCGCCAGUAUCGGCCGACUCCGAACCCACGCUUCUUGAGAGCACCUUCGGCACAGCGGUCCCGCUCCUGAUCCAAGCAAUUGACCUGGCCACCGGAGAUACCGACGAUCCCGCCACGUACACACAAGUCGUCCAAGUCGACGAAGCCCUUCGAAACCUCAUCCGCUCCUCUGGCGUCGGUCUUCGACCACCAGUCUUCCGCACCGAUACCGACUGGCCCUCCUCCACCUCCAUCGAUCUGGAAGCAUGUACCCUCGACAUCUUUUUCCGGCAGACUCUCCUAGCUCUACACUCGCGCUUCGUACUCGGCUCGACAACCUGCGCCGCAGCGGCGCACCCUGACUCAGGGUUGUCUUCCCUCGAGAGCGCCCUGGCAGUCUUGUCCCUGCAGCGGAGUCUCUGCGACGGCGAUGGGUGUGAGCCCGCACAGAACAGCUCCACUGCCUGGUUUGCGGGACUGUUUCGGUAUGAGUUCUUCACUGCAGCUAUGACUGUGUGUUGUCAGCUUGUGCGAGGGCUGGUGGUUGAGGAGGGGCCGAUGGCGGUUAGGCGGGAGGAUGGGCCAGCGGGUAUUAUGCUGGAGGCCUUGAAAUCGUGUAGGGAUAUUUGGAGCAGGGAGAGGAGCGCAUCGGUGUGUAACGGAAAGGCACAUGCGCUUGUUGAUAAGUUGGUUGAGGUGUUGCAAGGGAGCCGGUGAUAGUAAGGGAGUGGGGUCGAGGCUUUUUACGGUACGGUCCGUGACUAUACUGUACGGCGCAGAUUCGCGACUCAGAAGAUACUGCCUGAGAAUAGAACCGGGAGACUAUGAGUGGGAACUAGUCUCCGGAGCUCAAUUUGACUUGCUGCUGGCAAUGCACAAGAACUGAUGAUGUGUCAGGGGGUUCGGCUGGUGUAUCAUGAAAGAUGGAUCGGAUACUGCAUUACGAAAAGUUUAGGCGCAAAUGUUCUUUUCGUUAGACUGCUAGGAGGCAAUCAUCGUUAUAAUGUGCCUCGAGGCGUAUAGAUAGCCAAUGACAGAAGGACAGUCUGCACC